AUGAAUGAGGGGGUUCCGGAGCUGGAGAUCAUCAGUUUGCUACAAGAGGGGGUUCCCCACUACACGCUGCGAGCCGACACCUUACAUGGAUCCAGCCACGACGACUGGCUACAGACCCCCCCUCAUCAACCCCGACCCCCCCAGCUCAGCAGCACACAGGUGGAGGAGACCCUCAAAUACUUCCUUCUGUGUGCAGAGAGGGUGGGACAGGUGACCAAGACGUACCGGGACAUUGAGGCGGUCACACACCUGUUGGAGGAGGUGAGUCUGAUCAUGUGUGUGCGUGUUGCCGUCUGUGCCCCACUGCAGGCCGUCCAGUUGUCAGCGGAGACCCUGCAGUACGAGAACCAGGAGGAGGCGCUGGUGAGGGACUGCGUCAAGGAGCUGGAAAUCCCAACACUCGGUCCCCUCCCACCUCCGCCAAUCCCAACAUUUGGUCGUCUCCGAAUCUCAUCCCGGUUUCACCCGCACACGAUGAAGCCGAACAAACUCCGAUUAUUUUCCGUAUAUCAGUGCACAUCGGAGAAUGAAGAGUUGACCCAGGAGCUGGCCAUGACCAGGGAGAGUCAGGAGCAACUGAGGUCAGAGGUGCGCUACCUGCAGGACAGGUACAGCCAGUGCGGGGCCAUGCUGCACGAGGCCCAGGAGGUGAUCAAGAACCUGCGCAACCAGACCGUCCCCAACAGCUGCAUCAACCGCUACCUCACCGUGCCCAUCUACCCACUGGAUUCACUGGCCGCUGAGAUCGAGGGGACGAUGAGGAAAGGAUUUCACGUGGAUGCCACGGAAUCUCUGGAGAACAGGUGGGAACGACAACACGGUCUGGUGCGAGGCUGUGCUCUCUGGUCCGAAACUCCCCUAAAUCUUGCCCCUGUUCCGUCUGUCGUGGAGCUGAGUUUCUCUCUGGUUUACUGCAGAGACGCGGGUGUUGAGCGGAGGUUGGGUGCCCCUGGCACCCCAGGGUGCCGCGACCUGGAGGCGGCCCUGCAGCGGUUAUCGCAGCGGCAGGAGACGGACCAGGGCCGGGCCGUCUUCGAGCAGGAGAGGGAGGAGCGGCGGGCGGCGCUGCCCGGCGACGAGCCCGUGUCUAGCGGCCUCCUCACCCCGGCCGAAAGUGUCCUGUCCACGGGAACCAACUACUCUGGCUGCUCGGGGAUGACCAGCCUCUCCUUCGGGUCACGGCCCGACAAACUGAAGAUCGUCAAACCACUGGAAGGGUCCGCCACACUCCACCAUCUGCAGCAGCUCGCCCAGCCCAACCUGGGCGGCAUCCUGGAGCCACGGCCCGGAGUACUGACCAAGGACUUCUGCCAGCUGGACCCCAGCGGGGAGGUGUACAACCUGAAUGACCUGGAGGAGGAUGAAACCCCUUACUUCACCUUCACUCUACCCCCACCUGGCCGCAGCCCUCUCUACCCGCUGCACCACCGGGCUGCCUGUGCUCUGGGUGUGUGUGACACCAUAGUUUUACACUCCCCUCAGUCUGGCCCGUCUCUCAUUACAGAAGCUGCCUACCACACGACCAACAGGCUGCCGGACACACAGUCCACCUACACAAUAACUACCUGCCGUAUAAUGCACCCGUCCGACAACGCCUCCACCCUCACCAUGAGUUGCCAUCAUUCGCCGAAGCCAUCGUGCGGGACUUUAGCCAGACUGAGGCCCACCUCGUCCGACGGGAACCUGGAGCGAAUGCGGCCCUUGUCAUCCUGUGGGAACGUGAGCAGGUUCCGGCCGAUCGUGUCGGCAGCAAGGCCCAGCGCUCUGGGCACCACCAUGUCCAGCACCAGCUUCGAGGAGCUGCGGGCAGCCCAGUGCUCCGGCCACCGUCGCCGAUGCCUGUCCGAGUCUGCCACCAACCUGCGGGAACACACGACCACCACCAGCACCUCGCUCGGCCUGGUCACUCUCCUGAAGGAGCAUGGUAUAUCAGCUGCAAUGUACAACCUGGUCUCCGACACGCCUGGCCAGUUGCAUCAACACAAAGGCCCGUCUCCCGAGAUACACAUCAGCUGCUCUCCCACCUCCCCGUUUGAUCUGACCUACACUCACCCCCCUCAACCUCCCUUCCUCACCUCCAACCUGGCCCGGACCAUGCUGGAAGGGAUGGGUCCCAUUGAGGACGCAAGGAGGGGGAGGAGAGACCACGGCACAUCUUCAGGAAACAUCUUCAGCUUCAACCUGGUGGAGAAACUGAAGCGACUUGGGUUAGACAAGGUUGUGGCACGUGGCAGGGUGGACCCUGACAACAAGAGGCCCACGGCCAGCACAUGAACAAUGCCCCAGAAGACUUGUCCUUCCCCAUGAACAUUGACAGAGUAUCAAGCUGGAAACCCUUCUUGCAACCUGACCUACUGCUCACCAUGAGCCAGCAUCGCUCCACACUACACUCGUUGCUGAAGACACUUGCCAUUCUGCUUCGAGCUCCGCUUCCCAAACACACAGUUGUUUACAACAACAACAACAAAUUAAUUCCAAGAAAAACAAUUUUCGCAACAUUUAAAUAAUGCCCAGCAACGUCAGGCUUUGAAAUGAGAAUUAUUGCAUCAGGAGAAAUGGUGUUUGAACUGGUUAUAAUACGGCAGCUGCAUCUGCUGUGUACCACGGGGACUUGUUACAUCAGUGGUCAGCAACGUGUUCCACAUCUUCUGUGUACAUCUGCAUGUCCCUCUGUUCCAGCCUGGUUGCCAACACGCCUGGCCGGUUGCACCAACACCAAGGCCCGUCUCCGGAGAUACAAUCAUUCUGCCCGGCCAGUCCACACCAACAUCCUUGCAUGUUUUAUGUCCUUGCAUGUCUAGGCUGGCAGAGUUUGCUAUCACUUGACCAGUUGGUCUUCCCCCUCCAGCCACCCAGCCACUGUGUGUGUGUGUGUGAGUGAGGUGAUGCUGCACAACUCCUGCACCAGUGACCGAGCCGUGCUCCCAGUCUGAUCCCGAUGGGCCGAGCGGUCUCGGAACCCAAAGUGGAAAUGUUCUGUGUUUUUCAACAUCGACAUUUCUCAGCCCAACGAGGUUGACCCCCUCCUCUGUGCCCCCUCAUUCACCUCCCCCUCCCUUUACUCUCUCCCUCUCUCCCCCCUCCCCCCCCCCUCUGCUUCUACCCCCUGCGGCCAUUUCCUGUCCACUUGGUAUCAGGCAACGUACAUAUGCAUGUGUGUAUAUUUGCGUGUGUGUGUGUAUGAGUGUGUGACGCUGCCGUGUGCAAUGCUGCAGCCCCGUGCACCCCACACCCCCCUCAGUGGUCACACGCUCUGCCCCAGGCCUCUCCUUCCUUGCUCCGGGCGGUUCAGGUCCCAGCUCACCGCCAGAUGUUCAUCCCGACCCCGUGUCACUCAGCUGUGAGAAGCAGCAUGCAGAAUAACCCGUGGGUGGAGCAGAAUGUGUUCUCUCCCCGCACCGCUCCGGGCACUGGGCGACGCGUGUGUUUGCUGUUUCACGGUCUCGGUCUCCCACGCUGCUAAAAUAAACCCUUCCUUUGCAAUCAGUCAGUUGUCCCUGGAUGAUUGGGCAGCGACUUGCCCGGUGUAUCCGACACAACAUCAGAGUUUAAUCUUGUAAAGAUUUGUAAUUUUGUUAACGAAUAAAGGAAUA